AUACGUCCAAUUCGUAUUUAAGAAUUUUAAGAAUUCAGAGAGAACAGCGUUCAAGUCGGAAUAUUUUAAACAUUAAAGCGAUAAUAAUAUUAAACUAAGUCUUUCUAAGUAAAAAAUAAAUGUUAUAUCGAUAAUGAAAAUUUCAGAAAGCUCUUUUUACGCCUUGGUGCACUUAGUGAUGAAUCUAGUGGUCAACGUGGUUUGCCAAGAUGUAACAUUAGUAACAAACAUUGCCGAAGGGAAGAAUGCCUACCAAAGUUCGGAUGCGUUUAGUGCAGAAGGCGGAGCUCAUUUUUCAGUAGAUGGGAACUUUAAUCAAUACUGGAGUGGUCAGUCAUGCUCGCACACUAAGACGGAGUUCGGAGCUUACUGGCAGGUAGAUUUAGGUGAUAUCUACGUUGUACAGGCGGUCAGUGUAUACAACAGGAUAGACGACUGUUGUAAUUAUCUCCUUAUCGGUAUCGAGGUACUAAUUGGAAUGACAAGAGACACGUACAGGGUGGUAGGACAUGAAGAUGAGCACAUCUACACUAACCAUACGUUCCCAUUAUCUCCACCAGCUUUUGCGAGAUGGGUCCGAAUUACGAGGAACCCCGAUUUCAAUUCAGCUUUGAUGCUCUGUGAAGUGGCAGUGACUGGCUAUAAGUCAAGCUCUAGAAGCUUCAAACGGAUUUCUGACGUGACAGGGACGGGAGAAACCCUUGAUACGAAGUUUGCCAGGUCUAUAGAACACUGUUGUUACAUUUGUUUCAUCACACAAGACUGUUUGGCAGUUAAAAUGGACAAUUCUCAAUGUUCUUUACUUAACUCGGAUAAUAACCAGAGUGAAUUAGGCCAAACCUUGUACGUUGUCAACUGAUUGUUGUCAAAGGGAAUUCAGUGGUAAAUGUGUUUCAUAUAGACCUUUUUACAAUACGAUAUUUCCAUAAAAACGGAAGUUUCAUUUCGCGCAUGUGCAUUCUGCGUAGGGCAAAAUAAAAAGCAAUAACGGAAAAAUAGAUUUUAUCAGUGAUAGCUUGGUUUUCCUCCUUUUUGGAUCGCACAACCCAACAAACUUACAUAUCCGGUUUAUAUUCAGCAGGGGGUCGAACGUAUAGCGGUGUGAUACUUUUUUAAGCGAGGUGAAAUGGUGCGACACGGAAUACUGGCAGAUUUAAUACUAUAAACACACAUCAGAGUGUGUAUAUUUUACAUAAUUGAACAGUCCCUGGCUAUUAAAAUUGCAAUUUUUUUGUGGAUGGCUUGGGACUCUGACCUACAUGUAUUUCUUCGAAAUCAUAGAAGUUUAGGUAGAAUAGUAAAAAAGUUAUUGAACGUAAAUUGGCAGUAACAGAUUUUAUGCUCGUCAUAAGAUUUAAGCCAAUAUCGUGAAUGUUAGUUGCUAUUUCUACUUACAACUUACGUAAAUACUCAUUAUUGAGUUGCAUUGCAAAAACUACUGUGCUAAGAUAUAUAUUUACACAUUGUUUGUCAAAAUAUGUAUGUGUACGACAGGUUUUGGUGCGAUAAGAUGACUGUAUGCCACAAAAGGUCCGAUAAUUUGACAGUGCUGAAAGCUACUUAAAAAUAUAUACCAUAAAUAUUUUUCCCGGGGUGGGAGGUGAGGGGUCACUGAUUACUUACGGCAAUUACCUUGCUUACACCUGGAAGUACACAUGGUAGCAAAUUCUUUAAAAGUCGUCUUUUCCAUAUCUUUUAAUGGCAAUCUUGGCGACAAAGCUAUAAAGGCAUCUUUUGUUGUUGUUUUUAAAGCUAUUUAAUAUAUAUGUUUUUUUUUUUACUUUUCAACAUCAAGGUACUCAGAAUUGUCUUUGAACUUUGAUAACAUUUCACUACAAGGCGAUGAUCUUUUGCUCUACGCAGUAUGCGCAUGCGCGAGAAAAUAAUACAUCCGGUCUAUUUUUUAUGGCAAUGGACAUAUGUAAAAAGGUCUGUUGGUGCGUGAGUGCGCGGCGCAUGUAUGUGUGUUGUUGUUUGUUGUAGAUGUGUUGAUGAUAAUCAUCUUGCUUGUUGUUGUUGUUGUUGUUGUUGUUGUUGUAUCAGUCAAACCAGUUUAACCUGUGAUCAAGGCCAGCAUAGAGAGAAAGACAAAACAUUGUAUAUAUAGACGAGUGGUCUUUAUUUGGAGGUAAUUUAUUCCAAUUUGUCGAUGAAAGGUUAUAAAAAGUGGCCUUUAUUUGAAG